AUGGCCCAGGGCCUCAAGAAGACCUCGAAGGUCGCCCGGAAGACGAAGAACGUCACGAAGCGCCAGCGCACGGCCGCGGCCAAAAAAACCGUGAAAAAGACGAUCAAGGACCAGGUGAAGAAGAAGAUCAACGCGCAGAUCGAGAAGAACACGGGCGGCAAGGCCGCGCGCGGCGGCCAGCACUUCGAGCUGUCCGCGAUCAGCGACAGCAGCAAACAGGUGUGCGCGGAGCUGCGGAAGGACGCGGGCAAGAGCAAGAAGCAGAUGCGGACGCAGAAGGCCAAGGAGCGGGCCAUCGCCGUCGCCACGAAGCGCGAGGAGAGCGCGGGCAUCUUCGGCCCGUGA